AUAAUACAGUUUACAUAGAGCAUCAUAUAUGUAAAACUUCUUCUCACCUAAACUAAUGCAUUUUAAAUUUCUACCUUUUUGAGGUAAAUUGUGUGGAACUGAAUCAGUAAUGCUAUGAGCAUUUUCAGCUUCAGGGCAAUUUAAUUCAAACAUACAUGAAUAUUACUUACUGUACCAUAAGGGUAAUAUAAUUAGUAUAGACACUCUGAAAAGAUUUGAUUUACUGAAGAUGUGUGUCAAGAAAACGCUAUGCUUAAAUUGGGGUGCAUUUAAAAGGCAGCACACUGACAUCUGGCUUUGAAAGCAUUUGUUAAACUUAGCUACUGUUCUCAAAGGAGGAUGCAAUUUUGUUCAAUCAGUGUAAGUAUACUAAUAGUAUUUUAAUAUGAAUGUGUUUUGCUUGGUUUUGACUUUCUCUGAAGGAAAGAACUGAAAUUUAAAAAAAAACAAACCCUGCACAGUAAAAUGAGCCAUAAGUCUAAACAGACUUUUAGCUCCAAUAGUUUCUCAGAUUUUUUAGCUGAGGAAGCAACAAUACAAGUGUGUAAGGAUUUUUUUGUUUUUUUUUAAAGACAGCUCACAGAAGAUAUAUGCCAACUGAAUCUCUUGCAUAUCUGCAUACUUCAUCAGUCACCCAGACUGCCUGAAUUCCUGCAGUAAUAAAGCUUGUUUCAAAUUUACAGAUGACUUUGGUGUGUUUUACUAACUGGAUAUACUGUGUAUUCCCCAAUUUGUUCUUUAUAAAGAAAUCAAAGGAAUAAAUUAAUUGAGGGGAAAAAAGGGGCUGUUCUGGUUUUUUUUUCCCCUACCCUCUUCCUGAAGCUAAAUAAGGAAAUAAAAUCUAAUCCCAAACUGUAAACCAUGCCUUUUCCACUUUCUGUCAUUUUCUCUAAAGGAGCAUAUUUCUACUUCUGGCUGAAAUAAGUAUCUACCUAGAAAAUCAAUAAAGGAAGUUCCCUUACAUUGGGUCCUGCCUAUUUAGAAGUUAUUCAGUUGCUACUGCUGUGUUCUUGAUGAGUCCACUAUCUGGAAGUUGGCUGUUAUAAAAUGUAAUGGAUGGAGUUUUGAUAGAUUGUCUUUUUGAGGGCAUGAAUUUUUUUUUUUAAUCCAUAGCUGCAGAAUAAUACACAAGCUGAAUAAAUUCUCUUGAAUUUUUAUAUGCUGCUGCAGACAUGAAAAUAAUACUGCUAGCAUUUUGUUUACUGUUUUGCUAAUGAUGUUUGGAUGUCCAAAACUUUGUCUUCUGGAAGGGUGAUGCUAGGUUUUUGUUUUGCUUUUAAAAUUUAAAACAAAAAUGUAAAGCUUCUAGUCAGAAAUAAACAUCUAUAAUCUGGAUUAAGAUAAUGAUCAAAAAUCUUUAGUUUUAACAUGUCUAUUUAGAGAUAUAUUUUAUGUGAUACCUAAUCAAGUAUCAUCUAUAUAGUGGAGGAAACAGUGUAGUGAAAUUAUAAACAAAAAAUAUGAGCAGCUCGGAUAUGAAGAAUUCUAUGAAAUAAGGCCAGGGUAAAUGAGCAUAGUCCUCCUUGUCUUAGUUUCUAGUCUGAGAGGAGGAUAUUAACUGCUGAUAAAAUCAGAGUAGGAAACCAAUGCUUCCAUUAAAAAGUUAUAAUUUUGGAUAUUGAAACAGACCUUACUUUUCUCUCUCUUUUUUCCAGCAUCAAGAAAAUGAUCCAUAUCUCAUUUGCUUGAGAACCAUUAGUCACCUUUCUAGAGAUAUGGCUAAUUACUUUUAAUUAAAAAUAAUAUUUUGAUACAGCUCUGCUAUCUCUGCUGGAAUUGUUUUAAACUUAUUAUGUUCUUACCACCAAUUUGCUGCAAUACGGCUUAGGAGGAAUUUGUUCGAUAGCAACAUGUCUGAAGAGUAUCAAGGAUGAAAUUCUCAAGGGUCUUUAUGUCAUGGAUGGAAAUGGAAUCAUUACUGUAUUUUUGAGCUCCUGCUAACGUCAUUGACACCCACCUACAGUCCACUAGAAAUAUAAGAGCAGAGAUCAGUUUGUUCACAGAUUACAGGCAGACUAGCCAAGAAGGGGCAAGCCAGAGCCAAAUUCACUGGUAAGCUUUAUUUUAAAGAAUGUGAAAGGGUGAAUUUUUUUUCUCCCCUUGGGUCAAGUUGUGAACUGUGUCCCUAGUAUAUUGUACCAGGGUGUGUUGUUAUUGCACUUAUUAAUAUACGUAGUACAACUUCAUUUAAUGCGAUUUUAAAAAUUGAACUAUCUGGAUCUCGAGCCAUAUUUUUGUGUUUUUCUUGGAGCACUCAGAGUUCUGAUGCUGUAGCUAAUCAGCCACUGAAAAUGGGUCUAAUAACAAAUGCAAAUUUACAAAUGUAGUAUUUUCUGUUAAAUGUUCUACCAGUCCCUCAGUGUCUAAAAGUAGCUUUGGUAUGGGAAACACUUCCUGAGAAUAAUUUGUUCUUCCUAGUCCCUUAGAACUAGAAAAACAAACAAAAAAAACUGGUAACUUUUUUACAUGGACGUAAUCUGCAAUAGGCAGAUUUUCCUUGGAUUAGCAUGGUUGGUUUAUGUGUUACUAGUGACAGCUCUGUAGGACUUAAGGAGUGUGUAUGUUUGUCCUUCUUACAGACUGCUCAUCUCCAACAUGGGGAAAGUGGUGCUCCUGGGUCUAUACAUAGUGUUGGCUCUGAGAGGAUUGGCAAAGGGUGCUCCUUUCCAGCCAGAAGAAAAAUGGAAACCUCUAGAUAACCCGAGAAACAGAGACCUGUUUUUCAGAACGCUCCAGGCUUAUUUUUCGGGCAGGGGGCUUGAUCUCAGGAAGUUCCCAGCUACUGUCACUGUGAACAGUGAAGGACCAAGGCCUCUCAUGUUCUACGCAGAUCCAAUUGCUUCUGCAUUUGCAGAUUACGAAGAAAGGAAAAAUUCUUUUCCAAAUCAUUUCAAAGGCUGAAAGAUGCUGUUGACCAAGGCUGUAGAACUUCACACGAAGUGGUAACCCUCACAGCAAAAUUUUACUGCUUUGACUUUUUAAUUGUUACCUGACGGUUUAAAAUGUUCUUCACUGUCACAGUUCCUACCUAUGGAACGUGAUGUCAUGCUGUAAUUAGCAUAUAUUCGGUCUCUUGACAAAUGUUUGGCUGUUUCGCUACUACUCAGCUGUGGGCUGAGUCGGCUGAGCAGAAUUGUGUUUGAGUGUGAAUAAACGAGGAGUGCAACAGAGUGCUUGCGAUUACUGCUAAGUGUCUUUGUGCAAAAAUGAGAAAUAAAUGUUAGCUUUCGAUUUAUUAGAACUAGA